AUGUCAAUUAAUCAAUUCAAUCAAUACAAAAAUAAAGAAGCAGGCAUAUUAGAGACAAAUCCUCAACUACGACCUAAAAACGUUCAGAAAGUUUCAUCAGUACCACAAGCUGAAAAAUGGAGGAGUAUAAUAUUAGGAGAAGUGUCAUCCAAACUAACACAAAUAAAUGAUCCAACUACAAAUGAUUUAAGAUUAAGAGAAUUAAAUGAUGAAUUGAAUAAAUUAUUCAAAGAGAAACGAGCUUGGGAAUAUAGAAUUAAAGAACUUGGUGGUACUGAUUACAUUAUACAAAAAAAUGAUAUGAUUCAUACAGGGUUUAAUAUAGCAGGUUGGAGAUAUUUUGGAAGAGCUAAAGAAUUACCAGAUGUUAAAAAAAUGAUUGAAGAUAAGAAGAAACCUGCUACUAAAAAGGCACCUAAAAGAAAAUUAGAUGAUUUUUAUUAUGGUAAAAUUGAAGAUGAUAAAGAACUACAAGAUUAUGAAUCUGAAAGAUUAAAAGAGCUAUUAGAACAUUAUAAUGGUGAAAUUAAAUUAUCAGAACUACCUACAAAUGAUCAACUUAACAAGUGGUUAGUUGAUAAGAAAAGACAACAAUUAAUGCAAAAGUUAGGCUUAUAA